CCCCUCUUUCAGGCCGAUAAUUGAAAUGAUGGCAGAACAUGGCAUAUUCCGUAUUGCAACUGCACACAGCACAUAUGGACCAGCAGUGGCUGUGGAGUGCCACAGGUAGUGAGAGAGGCAGAGUAUAAAGCAACACAGAAGGUGGAAUUCCCCGAGUUGUCAGCAUCAUACUUGUCCUUGGAUUCUGGCACUUGACCAAGAAAUGGGUCUGCUCUCAGAAGAUGCAAUGCAGUAGAUGUGGUGCUUAGUCAUGGCAUCAGAACUGUGCAAAACAAUCUCUGAGGCAAAGCUGGAAAGGCACAAGAACUUGUUCUUAAACUACCGAAAUCUCCAUCACUUCCCUCUGGAGUUACUGAAAGAUGAGGGGCUGCAGUACUUGGAGAGACUUUACAUGAAAAGAAAUUCCCUGACCACAUUGCCAGAAAACCUUGCACAGAAGCUUCCAAACCUCGUGGAAUUGUACCUUCAUUCAAAUAACAUAGUUGUUGUACCUGAAGCCAUUGGCUCCCUGGUUAAGCUGCAGUUUCUGGACCUGAGUGACAAUGCCCUGGAGAUUGUGUGUCCCGAGAUCGGCCGCCUGAGGUCCUUGCGGCACCUGCGCCUGGCCAACAACCAGCUGAAAUAUUUACCUGCAGAGGUUGGAGACCUGCGGGAGCUGCAGACUCUGGACAUCUCCACGAACCGCCUGAUGACGUUACCCGAGAGGCUGCACAUGUGCCUUUCGCUGCAGUACCUGACUGCAGACAGGAACCACCUGUGGUCUGUGCCCCGCCACCUGUGCCAGCUGCCCAGCCUCAACGAGCUCUCCAUGGCUGGCAACCGCCUGGCAUUCCUGCCCCUGGAUUUAGGUCGUUCUCGAGAGCUCCAAUAUGUUUAUGUGGAUAACAAUAGUCACCUGAAAGGCCUCCCAUCUUAUCUCUAUAAUAAAGUCAUUGGUUGCAGUGGUUGUGGUUCUCCAAUUCAAGUUUCAGAGGUGAAACUGCUCUCUUUUUCAUCAGGCCAGUUAACUGUGUUCCUGCCAGCAGAGGUGAAAUCUAUAGGGACAGAAACAGAUCAUGUGCUGCCUUUGCAAGAACUGGCCAUGAGGACCCUCUAUAACACCUACUACAGGUUUUUGAAAGAUUUAAACUUUCUGACUCCAAUCUCACUACCCAAAAGCCUCUUGGAAUUGCUGUACUGUCCCUUGGGACACUGCCACCGCUGCAGCCAGCCUAUGUUUACCAUUGUCUACCCAAAGCUCUUUCCCUUGAGGGAAACUCCAAUGGCAGGAUUGCAUCAAGGGAGGACAACUGUUAGUUUUGUGGCAUACUGCUGUUCCACCCAGUGUCUGCAGACUUUUGACCUACUGAGUUGAUAAACAUUUCAACCUCCUCAGGAGUGCUGCCAGUGUAAAGCUGCAUUUGAUGCUGUGUCCCCUUGGUACUGGAAUACCGUGUGUGCGUGUGCCAAAGCAGCAGAAGUGCCCGGUCAGGAACACUCUGAGACACUUAAAUCCUGCCCUAUCAAAUCUGGAUGAACUGCUGGAACUUUUCAGAAGUAUAAAUACCGAGCUUUUAAAAGUAUUAACUUCUCUCUCCUCCGAGGCAGCACACAAACCAAACACAUUCACGAGCUCUGACUUCAGGAUUUCCAGUAUUUUUCAAAUGUGCCUGAUUUCAGGUUGACCCAUUGCAUCAUUUGAGGCAGUUGCAUUCCUCUAACAGGAAAAAAAAGUUCAGUUAUGGCAAACAAAUUUUCACUUAUUCAUCCCUAUCCUCUUCCCCUCUACAGCUGCCAUCAGGUGCAUUGCUGUAAGCCUGCAGAAACCUUUGAUGGAUCCCAGUGACUUUUCCAUAGAAUUCAGCCUUAUUUUCUCCCUCUCAUCUUAGCGUUUACCCCAGCAGAGUUAUACCAGUUGUAUACCAAGUCUUUGACAGUUCUCUGUGGUAUUUAAAUCCACAUGCUAAAAGCAGAUCUUUCUUUCUAGUAUCAUUAAAUACCACAGUGAUUUAAUUGGAGUAACUAGGAUAUGUCUGGAGACUGAAGAUCCUGUUUCAGUGAAGGCUGGUACUGAUGCCUACACUAAGGGCUCUUGCUCCAGCAUGUUCGAGGGUGUGUUUUCUUUAUUUUCAUUGCUUUAUUUUUAGAAACAGUUCUCCUUUUGUUCCAUUGAGUUCUUCAGGAAGAAGACAACUUUUUAAGUAUCAAUUUCCCUUUGAAAAAAUCCAAUUAGUAAUAUGAUAGUAAAUCUUUAUUAUAUUUUUAUAGUUGCAGGCUAUAGAUCUGCAAAGAGCUGGUCUUGAUCUUUUUCUAGAUUCAGCAUUUGGCUGAUUUGUCCAAGUGUGUCAGUGGACUGUGUGCCUUGGAGAAGGUUGGAAAUCCAGGAGCAGGUGUGUAUCUCCAUGCACAGGUAUAUUUGCACACAUGGAUACCUGCAGAGAAGGGCUGGGACGUUUGUUUCCGUACAUUAAUGGCAGAUUUGGUUCAAAUUGCCACUCACAAUAAUAUUUGUGGGAAUCUUUUUUUGUUACAUCUUGUUCAUUUUAAAUAAAGAACUAAGGAUGGAAAAAAGGCCCAAAAUGCCUACAUGACUAAACAUUUUGACUUUAUCCUGGAACAGUUUA